AUGACUAUAACUGUGCCUAAAAACAAUAGCCCUUUUGAGUCGCCAGCUGAUGAUAUUCUUGUAGAUGCAAGUAAAAAUAAUGAAGUUAGCAUUGACAGUAUACAUUUUGUUAGAAAUAUAUUAGAUUCUGAUUUUGAAAACUAUACUGGUGAUUUGCCUUUAAUUAUAACCCCUAUUAAGAUUAAGACUACAAAAUUUGUCACUACAUAUAAAGGCUUUCUCCCUAAAAUUAUAGAACAAAUUGAGUAUUAUAUUUGGUUGAUGCGAUGCAACAGGAUUAGAAAUAUUCUUCAGCCUAAAUAUCUGGAAUGUGUUUUUCUUACUCAAGAUCUUGGAAAUGCUAUUCAGAAAAUAAAACAGAAAAACAGAAUAUACAUAAGUGAUGCUGCCUCUUUAUUGACAAAACUUUUAAAGUUUCAAUCUAAUGAUCAUGCAUGGUUUGUAAAACUAUUGAUUGAUGAUAUGAGUAAUCAGUUAGUUGGCAUUUUUUGGAUGUCACCAAAGCAAUGUAAAAGAUAG